GAGGAAAAGCAAUAAAAUUAUCAAUAACAAAGCAAACAAAUUUGAAACUAUAAUGGCAAACAAAUUUGUUGCAUUGUUAUUGUUGGUGUCUCUUGUAGUUGCUCAAGGUGAAAACAAUGAAUAUUUAACACCAGCAGAAUGCUUCGAUUAUUGCUAUCAUGCUAUGUUAAUGCCAAAAUCUGUUGCUGAAACGAUAUGUAAAUGGCGCUGUGAACAAUUUGGGAUGUUGAAGGCUCUUAAUGUACAUGGCAUUGAUGGCAACGCAAGGAAGAAUGGCCCAGUUGGAUCUCUAGCAAGUUCGCCGGUUUCGGCACAAAAAUAUGAUCAAGAAAUGCUAAAAAUGAAGAUCAAAGAUUGAGAGAGUUGCUCGAAUAGAAGAGAAGAUUCAACAAAAAUACAAUGCUUUAUCAUCAACUACUAUGCAUUAACAUAAAUUUAUGUCCUCUUCCCCUUUCCCAUGCACUCCUUGUCAUUUGUUACAACAAUAAAUGUAAUUAUUAUUAUUCUAUUCCUAUUCGUCUUUUUACCAAAAUUAUUCAAAGGAAAAUAUUAAUUUUAGUAAAGAAUUACUAAUGAAUU